AUGUCGUCAACCACGGAUUUUAACGCAGCGGCACUUCAUAGCUUCCUCAACCAGCCUGUUAAUCCAGCUAUGAUCAUAUACCUGGCAGAAUGUGCUUCAGACGUGGUCGAGUGUGUCUCUACAUUGGUGCCCAGCCUGGUCCCGUCUCUCACAAGUCACCAGGGGCGGCCUUCAGAGUCCGCCGGCUUUUACAUUCUCGUGCCCGACCUCCGAUUGCCGUCGCUGCAGGAAUUCAUUUAUCGAUUGGUGGAGCUGUCCAAAAUCGAAACCCCUAUCCUCAUGUCGACACUCAUCUACCUUGCCAGACUCAAAAGACGCUUGCAGUCGUGCCAAGGGUCGCCGUCCACGAGCCACCGCAUUUUUCUCGCUGCUCUGAUUCUGAGCACCAAGUACCACGACGACACGCCAUACACAAACGGAAGCUGGGCUCGGCUUAGUCGCAUCGCAACACAGAGGCAUGCGCUCAGGCUGAGCUGCGACGAUGUCAAUCAUAUGGAAAGAGAGCUGUUGCUGCUACUGAACUGGGAUGUGAGCAUUCCCGAGAGGGAUCUUUAUACCGAACUGAGGCCUUUGAUCAAUCCUGUUUCUGUCGUCGUCUUGCUCCCCAUGCCGAUUGUUACAACCCGAUUGCAGAACGGAUUGUCGUUUGAUUCCUCCCCAAUGAGAAGGCCGGCGGUCAUUACGCCUCACGCCCUACGACCGACGAUGAGUGCCCUUGCUGUACCAGCCCACCAUACCCGCUACAUGGCCAUGUCCAUCAAGUCCAACCAGAUUCCGACGCGAUACAAUGCUCUCGCUGCCAUAUGUGCCUGGAUCACUCUUGCAGGGUUCAUUGUCCUUCCCAAUACGUUUACGUCCAUUGAAAAGUCAGAAAGCCUUCGCAAACACCAGGGAGGCAAGGUGCUCCAGAGCGCGGUCCGAAACGUGCAGCUCCUACCUCUUGCUGGUGUCCUCUGUGGGGUCGGCGUCCUGGGGUCAUGCUGGCUUUGGUGGAAGUGGCAAAAGAACUAUGUUUGGCUCAUUGCGCAGGUAUUCAUGUGA